AACAGGGUUAUAAAAGCUGUGCAGCUCCUUUAAGAAUCAGGGCGGUGAGCAGUGUGUUAGUGGUCAAGCAAGAGACCUGGAGCAGACCGGUGUUAGUGACCAGAGCAGAGGUUGAACUUUAGCAGACAAGUUGUCUAGUAGCAGUAAAUGUACAGUACAGGUUACAGUUUGACCAUGAAUAAACUCUGCAGCCCGUCAAUACACAAGGAGAGCUUCAGUUUGAGUGACAGCUAGCACUAUUCCUGCUAAUAUUCAUGCUGCUUGUCCAUGCUAAUAUUGAUGAUGUUGCUAAUCCACGCUAGUGAUGUUAGUGACUGACCACACCCCCACUCUCUGUUUCAGGAAGAACGUUGAGUGUUAGUCAGGAAGAAAAACUGACUGACUGACUUUAAGUAGGAAAAGUAAAAGUCCUGGAUCCAAAACAUUAAAACGUGUAUCCCCAUCCAGCCCAAAGUUAAUUCAGAUUGGUUGUUAAACCAUUUUCUUAGGCUCUUUUUAAAGGUUAUACCCUGAUUGUUCCUCCCCGAGAUGUCAGAAGCUCUGUAAAUGCUUCUAUCACUGAUCAAUAGGAGUCUGAACACACUGAAGCCUGCAGCCAACCUGUAGCUGCCCCUAUUAGCUGUAAACAACAUAUAGUCUUAAAUAGCCCAAGUUGUAAUUUACUAACAAUAUGACUGAAAAUUAACACUGCACAGAUGAUGUUCUAAUUAAAUAUACUGGCUCCUGGGGCGAAAAACGCUCAUUUUGACAUCACAAGCUUUUAGUCACAACUCUGAUCAAUGAAGAGACUAAAGACUAAAGACUAAAAUACUUAAUUUUAUAAACACAAUAAUUCUAUAUGAAUGAGGGCUUAAGGCAGUGCAGUGCAAAUUAAUAAAACACCCACUUGGCUUUGUUUUUUGUUACCUGAACCAUUUGAAAAAGUGACCGUAUUGUCUGUAAUCUGACUGCUGGCACAGCUUUUGUUGUGUGCUGCCUCACACAGGGCACCGCUGUUGAUCCCUUCAAGGUGGUUCUCCGUGUUCAUUAAUAAAUCAUUUCAUUAAUUGAAAAUAACAAUUUAAUAUAGUCAAUAAUCAAUUAAUAUUCUCAAUCGAUUCCCAACACUUUGAUUAUGAACCGGUAUGAACCAGCAGAGCUACUCAGUGCUGUCAGAGCAGGUUAUCAGAUAAGUUUUAGUGCUAGUGAAUUAUCAAGGAAAAGUCAACAGAAAAAGUACCUACACGUGCUUCCAAAUAAUCCAGGAAGUCAGCAGAAAAACUGACAAGUAGGUUUUCACAUGCAAGGAAUUUGAUUUGGUGUUCAGUUCACAAUAACUAUGGUAAUAAAAGGGAGGAAGAAGUGCAGCAAAAGAUAAGAAACAGAAAAUAAAAUGUAGAUACAAAGAAAGACAGAGACUGGUUCCCGUUAUAUACGCUGGAGAGAGAGAGACAUGCAGAGGCUUGCACAUGUCCUGACAGAGUCUGUUAACACUCUCCUUAAGGAAACUGUGAAUCAUUAAAGGUUAUUAGGUUGAAAAUGUAUGGAUAACAGGAAGAGAUCUGCAGUGAGUGAUGCACUUUGUAAAUAUCCUUCAUGAGAACGUGGUAAAGAUCUUCCAAGAAGUCUUUACUUCCUUCUGAUAAUCUUGGAGCAGAAAGUAAAUCAUUACCUUUCUUACGGUCUGCUACACCCAACAAGUCCGACAAUCUGACCUCGAUUGUGUGUUUACAUUUAAAAAACAAAAGAAAUGUACUGGAUAGGUGCCAAUAUAGUACACAAUAAAUACAGGUGUGACUGAUCCAGCUGCCAUUGUUGUUACCUGCUACUGAGCUGCAAACACCAUGUUGGGCUUCAGGCUUCCCAUCAGCACACUGUUGCUGGCAACAACUUGUUUGCUCAUGACAGCAGAUGUUUCUGCAAAGAGUGUCAUCAGCUGUGACAACGGAGUCAGUGUUCAACAUCUCAGCUGUGACAGCGGUGUGAUCAGUGUGCAGGCAGCUCUGUAUGGACGAGCAGACAGAGACACCUGCAGUGAAGGCAGACCUCCACAACAGCUCACCAAUACAAAGUGCUCUCAGCAGGGCACUGUGGACGUCCUCAGGAGGAGGUGUGAUGGCAAGAGAGUGUGUGAACUGAGUACAAAUGUGCUCCGUACUUCUGAUCCCUGCCCCGGCAUCUUUAAAUACUUGGAGACCAACUACACCUGCUUCCCUGCAUUUCACCUGGUGGUUUGCGAGCACUCUCUGGCACGCCUUUAUUGUGAUGAAGGGCAGGUUAUACUCGUGUACGGGGCUGAUUAUGGGCGCCGUGACCGCACCACAUGUUCUUACCAACGUCCUGCUGCUCAGAUCCAAAAUGUCUACUGCUCACACCCUACGGGAAGAGUGGCUGAAAGCUGUAAUGGAAAAAACAGCUGUAUUAUCAGAGCAAGCAACUCAGUGUUUGGAGACCCCUGUGUCGGCACUUAUAAGUACCUGGAGGUGGCCUACACAUGCCAGUAUCCUGUCUGAGCGUAUUGACACCACAGUAAUACCACAUCGGUCAUAUUCAACAAAAGGUCUGAUCUGUCUGUGAUUAAGUGUGGGAACCAAUGGAGCUGAGCAAAUAUUAAUUUAACACAACGUUUUUCUUUUCCCCCCUUAAAAUAACAGCCGUAGAGUCUGAUGAUGGUCCAGUGUUGUGACAGGCUGAACGGAGUCUCUUGUUUCUGCUCCUGCUCAGUGAAGAGGGGAGGUGAUCACAGUUACAUGUUUACAGGUUGUCAACAUAUAGUGUUGAUAUAAACUUAAAAUCAUUUUUCUUUUUUUAACCUGAAUUAGAUUUAGGUUUUGUUUGUUUGUUUUUUUUUUUUCAUUUUACACGAUAUUGAUUGUUGUAUUUUCAGUGUAUUUUUCCACCUCGUGCAUGUUGAAUCGUCUGUGUUUGGAAAACGCUGUGUGAUAAACUUCCCAUUUCCCUCCUGUGA